AUGAUUCCCUUGCCCAACUUGCACCAAUUGGAAGCACAGCCGGGGGGCUGCAGUUUUCAUCGUCACUACACCAACUCUCCCGUUUGCUGUACUUCGUGCUCGACACUGUUGAGUGGCCAUCAUGCCCACAAGAUCGCACACAUUCAGCGCCAACAACGCACCGACAAGACCACGGGAAAGAAAUGGAUUCGAGAAUUGGCCGUCAAUGGGGCUUGGAACAACUCUGAAGGCCCCCCUGUCAACUUUCAGCACCGGAUCGAUCAAAUCUUGGAACGCAGUCUCAAUUAUACAGUCAAGCUUUCGGGCAAACGGGAUUGGACCACAGGAGGACAUACCGACAAUGUCAAGAUGAGUGGAUGGGCGGACGAGCUCCUCUUUGUCUGUGGAGACAACGGGACGGUACGAGGGCCCAAUAUAUCGCCGCAUUGGGAUGAUUGGAAAGCACUCAAUGAGACUGUCGAUUGGAUGAAGAACUACCAAAAAGGUCAGGAGAAUGGGACCAUUGACAAGGACAAACCAUUCUUUGUCUAUCAAGGUAUGAAUAUUGUGCACCAACCCUAUCUGACCAAUGAACACUGGUACAACAAGAUUGAUCCCAACAAAAUCAAUGUCCCAGAAUGGAUUCCUCUGGAGAAGUUACAUCCAUGUGAUUUGCAGUCGUCCAUGAUGAAGGGCUGUAUUCCCCCCAUGGAAAUGCCAUGA